CCCGAGCCGGCUUUUGAUACGGAUAUUCAACUCCUUUGUUUACACGGAGAAAGUCUCCAACGGAGAGAGCGAAGUUCAACAGCUAGCCAAAAAGAUCCGCGAGAAGUUCAGCCGAUACCUGGACGUGGUGAAUCGCAACAAGCAAGUCGUGGAGGCGUCCUACACGGCGCACCUGACGUCCCCGCUCACCGCCAUCCAGGACUGCUGCACGCUCCCGCCCAGCAUGAUGGAAUUCGAUGGGAACUUUAAUACCAAUGUAUCUAGAACAAUUAGUUGUGAUCGACUUUCUACUACUGUUAAUAGCCGAGCCUUCAAUCCGGGACGAGACUUAAAUUCAGUUCUUGCAGACAACCUGAAAUCCAACCCUGGAAUCAAGUGGCAGUAUUUCAGUUCGGAAGAAGGAAUUUUCACUGUUUUCCCAGCUCACAAGUUCCGGUGUAAGGGCAGCUACGAGCACCGAAGUAGACCCAUCUACGUGUCCACCGUCCGGCCGCAGUCCAAGCACAUCGUCGUGAUCCUGGACCACGGGGCUUCAGUCACCGACACCCAGUUGCAGAUCGCCAAGGAUGCCGCGCAGGUCAUCCUCAGCGCCAUCGAUGAGCACGACAAGAUUUCCAUGUUGACCGUGGCAGACACUGUCAGGACCUGCUCUCUGGACCAGUGCUACAAAACCUUCCUGUCCCCGGCCACCAGUGAGACGAAAAGGAAGAUGUCCACCUUCGUCAGCGGUGUGAAGGCCUCGGACAGCCCCACACAGCACGCGGCAGGGUUCCAGAAGGCAUUCCAGCUGAUCCGCAGCACGAACAACAACACCAGGUUCCAAGCAAACACGGACAUGGUCAUCAUCUACCUGUCAGCCGGCAUCACAUCGAAGGACUCCCCGGAGCAAGAUAAGAAGGCAACUCUGCGAGUCAUCAAUGAAGAAAACAGCUUCCUGAACAACUCCGUGAUGAUUCUCACCUACGCCCUCAUGAACGAUGGGGUGACUGGCCUGAAGGAGCUGGCGUUCCUGCGGGACCUGGCUGAGCAGAACUCAGGGAAGUACGGCGUGCCCGACCGCAGCGCCUUGCCUGUGACGAAGGGCAGCAUGAUGGUGCUGAACCAGCUGAGCAACCUGGAGACCACGGUCGGCCGGUUCUACACCAACCUGCCCAACCGCAUGAUCGACGAGGCUGUCUUCAGCCUGCCCUUCUCCGAUGAGAUGGGAGAUGGUUUGAUAAUGACCGUGAGUAAGCCCUGUUACUUUGGAAACCUCCUGCUGGGGAUCGUGGGUGUGGACGUGAAUCUGGCCUACAUCCUUGAGGACGUGACCUAUUACCAAGACUCGCUGGCCUCCUACACGUUCCUCAUAGAUGACAAAGGCUACACGCUCAUGCACCCGUCUCUCACCAGGCCAUACUUACUCUCCGAGCCGCCCCUCCACACGGACAUCAUUCACUAUGAAAAUAUCCCCAAAUUUGAGUUGGUUCGGCAAAAUAUCCUAAGCCUCCCCCUGGGCAGCCAGAUCAUCUCGGUCCCGGUGAACUCGUCUCUGUCCUGGCACAUCAACAAGCUGCGGGAGGCGGGGAAGGAGGCCUACAACGUCAGCUACGCCUGGAAGAUGGUGCAAGACACGUCCUUCAUUCUGUGCAUUGUGGUGAUACAACCAGAAAUACCUGUGAGACAGCUGAAGAACCUCAACACAGUGCCCAGCAGCAAGCUGCUGUACCACCGCCUAGACCUGCUGGGCCAGCCGAGCGCCUGCCUCCACUUCAAGCAGCUGGCGACCCUCGAGAGUCCCACCGUCAUGCUGUCGGCUGGCAGCUUCUCGUCCCCCUACGAGCACCUCAGCCAGCCCGAGACCAAGCGCAUGGUGGAGCACUACACCGCCUACCUCAGCGACAACACCCGCCUCAUUGCCAACCCGGGGCUCAAAUUCUCUGUCCGCAAUGAAGUCAUGGCGACCAGCCACGUCACCGAUGAAUGGAUGACACAAAUGGAAAUGAGCAGCCUGAACACUUACAUUGUCCGCCGUUACAUAGCAACGCCCAGCGGCGUCCUCAGAAUUUACCCCGGCUCCCUCAUGGACAAAGCGUUCGAUCCCACCCGGAGACAGUGGUAUCUCCAUGCAGUGGCUAACCCAGGGUUGAUUUCGCUGACGGGCCCUUACCUGGAUGUUGGAGGAGCUGGCUAUGUCGUGACAAUCAGCCACACAAUCCAUUCAUCCAGUUCACAGCUGUCUUCCGGGCACACCGUGGCGGUGAUGGGCAUUGACUUCACACUCAGAUACUUCUACAAGGUUCUCAUGGACCUGCUGCCAGUGUGUAACCAAGAUGGUGGCAACAAAAUAAGGUGCUUCAUCAUGGAGGACAGGGGCUACCUGGUGGCGCACCCGACGCUCAUCGACCCCAAGGGCCACGCCCCGGUGGAGCAGCAGCACAUCACCCACAAGGAGCCGCUGGUGGCCAAUGACAUCCUGAACCACCCCAACUUCGUGAAGAAAAACCUGUGCAACAGCUUCAGUGACCGGACCGUGCAGAGGUUCUACAAGUUCAACACCAGCCUCGCGGGGGACCUGACCAACCUCGUGCACGGCAGCCACUGCUCCAAAUACAGACUGGCGAGGAUCCCAGGCACCAACGCGUUCGUCGGCAUCGUCAACGAGACCUGCGACUCGCUCGCCUUCUGUGCGUGCAGCAUGGUGGACCGGCUCUGUCUCAACUGUCACCGAAUGGAACAAAACGAAUGCGAGUGUCCUUGUGAGUGCCCCCUGGAGGUCAACGAGUGCACUGGCAACCUCACCAACGCAGAGAGCCGGAACCCGAGCUGCGAGGUCCACCAGGAGCCGGUGACGUACACGGCCAUCGACCCCGGCCUGCAGGACGCCCUGCACCAGUGCGUCAACAGCAGGUGCAGCCAGCGGCUGGAGAGCGGGGACUGUUUCGGGGUGCUGGACUGCGAGUGGUGCGUGGUGGACAGCGACGGCAAGACCCACCUGGACAAGUCCUACUGCGCGCCCCAGAAGGAGUGCUUCGGGGGCAUCGUGGGGGCCAAGAGCCCCUACGUGGAUGACCUGGGUGCCCUAGGUGACGAGGUGAUCUCACUGAACAUGAUCAAGAGCGCGCCCGUGGGCCCCGUGGCCGGAGGGAUCAUGGGCUGCAUCAUGGUGCUGGUCCUGGCCGUGUACGCCUACCGCCACCAGAUCCACCGCCGCAGCCACCAGCACAUGUCGCCCCUCGCGGCCCAAGAAAUGUCUGUGCGAAUGUCCAGCCUGGAGCACGACAGGGACGACAGGGACGAGGACAGCCACGAGGACAGGGGCAUCAUCAGCAACACGCGCUUCAUCGCCGCGGUCAUCGAGCGCCACGCACACAGCCCCGAGAGGCGGCGGCGCUACUGGGGCCGGUCAGGGACAGAAAGUGACCACGGUUACAGCACCAUGAGCCCCCAGGAGGACAGCGAGAAUCCGCCCGGCAACAACGACCCCGUGUCGGCGGGGGUGGACGUGGGCAACCACGAGGAGGACCUGGACCUGGACGCCCCGCCGCAGACCGCAGCGCUCCUGAGCCACAAGUUCCACCACUGCCACCCACACCACAGCCACUGCCUGCAGGCGGCCGUGACCGUGCACACCGUGGACGCGGAGUGCUGACCUCGGUGGGCGCGGGGCAGCGUGAGGCCACGGCGAGACAGCCCUGGCGCGGGAGCCGGGCCAGAGCAGGUGACCCCACCUCCUGCCCGCGGACGUGUGCGGACCGGUGGGCCUGGACGGUGGCCCGUGGAGGAAGCCGCGGACGGGCCGAUGGGCGGCCCUGGCCUCGCUCGCGGGCGGAGCUGAAGGCAGAGCUUCGCCAGGAGCCGGGACUCUCGGGGCAGCCGGCCGAGGUGCGCUUGCGGGAGCCGGCUCAAGCUCCUUCAUCGGCCGGGGGCUGAGAGACAGGGCGCUGGCCGUCAGCACCCCGGGCCCACCGCGUGUCCCCGCAGCCCUGGAGACCGCGAUCGCUGUGCGGAACUCACGCCCAGCUGCAGCGAUGCAUCUCAGAAUUUCUAAGGAAAGGGUUAUUUUUCUACUAUUUAUUGAACUUUUCAAACAUUCUCAAACUUCGGGGGAAAGGCCGGGAGCCGGGAGCCGGGAGCCGGGGCCGGCGGUUCCGAGCCGUUGCGUGUGUGGUGUGCGGCUCCUGGCUGGCGGCUCUGUUUCUUAUUUAACUGAUCCGCACCCCGCUGCCCGCCGCGGCACAGAACGGGCACAUGAGCAGCCUCGCUCUCUGACUCGCUGGCAUCGUUUCCCGACGCGGGCAGAGUUCAUCCUCAGAGCCGGAGGGGCAGGGGAAUCCCGGCAGUUCUACAGCAAAUGUUCCGUCUCUUUGUCGUUCGUUGUUCGUUUCCACUUCCCAUCCAGGCUUCCUUAGGUUUCUACGAAAUCUAAUAUCACAGCCCCAGCCCUCCCGCUACAGGAGGGUUGGGUUUAUUCUCCUCGUUUUAAAGACGAUGUGUUUUUAAAUGUCCCAUUUCUGAGAAUGAAACACUUGAGGGCAGGCGUUUUAGAAUUGUGAAAUUAGGGUUCUUAAUUAAAGAUUUCUUUUGAAAUCACAGUGAAAAGCUGCUGCCAGGUAUCCAGGAGGUCACCUCCGAACGGCCGGGUCCAGACGAGGGUUAAUCAAAUGCGGCCACUGCGCCAUGGGCGCGGUGCUUUUAUAGUGUUCUAAUCACCAAUAUAUUUUAGAUUCACACCUUGUGACUCCAGUAUGUUACGAAGACAUUCUUGCACCGUGUGUGUGUGGUAAAUCUCCGUCUAUGUGUAGUUGGGAAAAAAAUUCACUGAAUAAUGUUUUAAUGAUAGGGUAUUAUGAUACGAUGUAAAAAAAAAUUGGUCCUUCUGCAGUACAGGAAGUAAUCUAUAUAUGUGUUAUCUGGAACCCCCUUCAUCCUGUGUAUAAAAUUGCAGUCUAGUGAAAUAAACUGUAUGCAGCAGAA